GAUAUCGGAUAUUGUAUACAUAAUGAUAUCGGAUAUUGUAUACAUAAUAAAGCCAGCAGGCAAAUACGAUCACUUCGUGCCGUGGAGAGAAAUACUUAAUGAUGCUGAAAUAUGUUACUCUCGCUGCUGUUGCCGCCGUUGGCGUGCUGGGAAAUCCGACUUCUCUGUUGAAUCAGGCCAUGCCAUCCCAGCCUAAAGAUGGGAGCUGGCCUCCAUCAUUCUGCAACGGCAUUGAGUGUCCCAAGUAUGAUGUCGAGAAGAAGGGCGACGGCUUUGAAAUUCGGUUGUACGAGCCGACCCUUUUUGCAACUACCGAGGUGAAAGGAAUGGAUAUGGAAUUAGCAACGCGUACAGGUAAAGUUCUCGAAAACACAUGA